AGAGAGCCGAUGGCGAAAUUCCUGCCUUUUCUGCUUGGAGGAGCAGGGUUGCAUGGAAAGUUGUCUCGAUAAAAAGUGUCGAUCAGGAGAAAGACAUCGAGACUUUGCACCAGCUCGUCCUCGUUGUUGUGGCUGCAGCCGGCGAUCGUCGAGGAGGAAGAGGAGCUCAUCUUCAUCUUGCUAACUAUAAGCUGGGUAGCAUUAGAGGAGGAGGAGAAGGAGGAGGAGGGGGCUAGCCCUAGCAUGUCACAGCCCUAGCUGGUCGUGUGUUUAUCUAGGUAGCCAGCUAGCUGUCCGUCCCAGGUGCUGCAGAGACAGUAGUCGGUCCCCGGAGCUCGCAGACGUGAAGACAUUUUCUUUUUUUGGGGAGGGCGGAGGAAGAGGAAUCAUCCCCGUUCAUCGGCGUGUGUGUCCGGGACAGGGAGAACCUCUUCAGUAGUGUGAAUGAGGGAGGCAUGGCAGACCACACCCCACCUCUGGAGUCCGGCCAGCUUCUCAGCUCUGAACUCCCAAUGCUUCCUUCACCACCACCCCCAGCCAUGGUCAACGGGGAUGGCCCCCAGCAGGUAAUCCUGGUGCAGGUAAACCCAGGUGAGGCCUUCACUAUUCGACGAGAGGAUGGUCAGUUUCAGUGUAUCACAGGUCCUGCUCAGGUUCCCAUGAUGUCUCCAAAUGGUUCAGUGCCUCCAAUCUAUGUGCCUCCUGGAUACGUUUCACAGAUCAUAGAAGAGAACGGAGUGCGGCGGGUUCUGGUUUUACCUCAACAACCAGAGUUCCACCCAGGGGGGCACUCCCCUCUUCACCACCCUCCACCUCCACCCCACGGCCACCUGCCUGCCUUCAUCCCGCAUCCUGCCAUGAUGCCCCCACCACCCCACCUGUACACAGGCAUGGGCGACAUGAGUUCUCAAUAUAACUCCCAGUACCAUCCAGCUCAUAUCUACUCAGAGCAGGUCUCUGCAGAUUCUCACUCCCAACACGGACGCCCGCCGUUUGUUCACAGAGACGACAGAACUAGCAAAACAUUCGAGCGCCUGCAGAAGAAACUGAAGGACCGUCAGGGAUGUGGAGGAGGAGGGCAGGUGAAGGACAGCCCUCCCCUUUCGCCGCAGAAGUCUUGCAAUAGCCCUCCCACGGCGGACAUUCACAAUGGCGUUGGAGGGAAAGGGCUGGACGUGGAGCAGGAGCAACUCAGUCAUGCGGUGGCCAGCCCUGUCAGGGCGGCAGGCAGAGGGAAACAUGGCGAGUCGGGAGAGCUGGACAAGGAAGCCCAGGCCCUGCAGGCGCUGCUCAGCACCAUCAGUAAACCAGUGGUGUCAGACAUCCAGGCCAGAGGAGUGGUAGUGAGCUGGAGUGCGCUCUCCAGGCCAGAGAGCGACAGCAGCAGUGCAGAGGACGACUGCAGCCCUCCGGAGUCCAUCAGCUACGAAGUCUCCAUCUCGUUUAGCGGCAAAGAUGGGAAAUACAAGAGCAUGUAUUGUGGGGAAGAAAUAAGUGCAACUUUAGAAGACCUCCGACCAGCUACAGACUAUCACGUCAGGGUGCAGGCCGUGUGUAACUGUUUACAGGGAAGCCCGUCGGAGGCUGUGAGCUUCACCACUUCAAGCUGUGAGCCGGAACCUCCCAAUCCUCCCAGGAAGGCCAGUGGGACCAAGAACACACUCGUUCUCCAGUGGAAGGCUCCAUGUGACAACGGUUCCAAAAUCCAAAACUACAUUCUUCAAUGGGAUGAGGGGAAGGGCACUGGGAUUUAUGAACAGUGCUACUUCGGACCUCAGAAGCAGUACAGAGUGACCAAGCUUUCACCGGCCUCCAGAUACUCCUUCCGCCUCGCAGCCAAAAAUGACAUGGGAGAAAGCGAGUUCAGUGAAGUGGUGGACCUGUUCACUUCAUGCAGUGUGCCAUUGCCACCCUUCCCUCCAGAGCUGGAGAAGGCGGGGGUGACCUGGCUGUGUCUGAAGUGGCAGAGACCCACCAGCUCGCCGAAGGAGGAUGACAUCUACUAUAUAUUGGAGAUGGAGGAGGAAGGCUCGGGAUAUGGCUUCCAGCCGAGCUACGACGGCGACGAGCUGUCCUGCACCGUCAGGAGUCUCCACAGGAGCACCAAGUACAAGUUUAGGGUGGCGGCAUACAACUCCGAAGGGAAGAGCAACCCCAGCCAGGUGGUUGAGUUCAUCACAAACCCAGACAGACCCACUGGUCCCUGCAGGCCGGUCAUCAGAGGAAGAGUCCUGCCCAACAGUUUCAAGAUGGCCUGGGAGCCACCAAAAGAUACUGGUGGAGCAGAAGUCACUAAAUUCGUUGUGGAGCUGUCUGAGGGCUUAAGUGGCAUGUCAUGGGAGCUGGUGUACUCGGGCCCAGCGAUGGAGCACGUGUGUGAGGGUUUGAAGCCGGGCUGCUCCUACCAGACGCGAGUUUACUGCAUGAGCGAGGGGGGGCAGAGCCCGCUGUCGGAGACCCUGCAGGUCCAGACUCCCGCGGUGCCCCCAGGGCCCUGCCAGCCCCCUCGGCUGGUGGGCAAGCCCAAAGCCAGGGAGGUGCAACUGCGCUGGGGCGCCCCUCAGGUAGACGGAGGCAGCCCAGUGUCCUGCUACAGCGUGGAAGUGAGUGGGCUGCAGUCUGAGGACAGCAGGGAGGUUUACCAGGGUCCAGAGCUGGACUGCUCUGUGGGAGGAUUAAUGCCUGGAAAAACCUACAGCUUCCGGCUCAAGGCAGCGAAUAAAGCUGGGUUCGGACCUCUCUCCGAGCGCUGUGAAGUCACAACCGGCCCCGGGGCGCCGGAGCAGUGUCGAGCUCCCUCCACCACAUGCAAAUCCCCCAGCUGUGUGGUCGUGACCUGGGAGGCUCCUUCAUGCAACGGAGCAGCGGUGACAGAGUGUCGCCUGGAGUGGGGGGCCGCUGAAGGAAGCAUGCAGGUGUGCUACAGCGGACCGGGGCUCAGCCAUGAACUGAAGGGGCUGCUGCCUGCCACCAACUACUUCUGCCGGGUGCAGGCUGUGAACGUGGCCGGCGUGGGGCCCUUCAGCGAGGCCGUGCUGUGCCAGACCCCCUGCUCCGUGCCUGCAGCCGUCAGCAGCAUCUACGCGCUGAAGGAGUCCGAGCUGCAGAGGUACGAGACCUCGGUGGACGCUGAUGAAGACGAGGAAGAGGAGGAAAGCGAUUCCCGGCCGCCGCCGCCGCCGCUCUACUCGCCGUCCACCUGCCUGGGCAUUUCCUGGGACGCCCCAUGUGACCACGGCUCUGAGAUCACCUCCUACCUGAUCGACCUCGGAGAGCGCCAGCCGGUCUCCAUCGAGCCCGUCAGCAAACACAUCAUUCAGCAUCUGCAGCCGGACACAAGCUACAGGAUCAGAAUCCAAGCCCUGAACAGCCUGGGGGCCGGCCCCUUUAGUCACACCUUCAAGCUGAAGACCAAGCCCCUGCCCCCGCAGCCCCCCCGCCUGGAGUGCACUGCCUUCAGCCACCAGACCCUCAGGCUCAAGUGGGGCGAUGGCCCAGCCAAAGCCGCCACCUCAGACGCCCUCCAGUAUCAGCUGCAGAUGGCGGACAAGAGCGGCAGAUUUAUAUCCUUGUAUAAAGGACCCUGCCACACACACAAAGUCCAGAGGCUUAAUGAGUCUACCUCUUAUAUGUUCCGCAUCCAGGCCUUUAAUGAGGCGGGCGAAGGGCCCUUCUCCAAUGUUUACACAUUCACCACCCCACGCUCUCCUCCAGCUCCUGUCAAAGUCCCUAAAGUGGAGCGUCUCGAUGACAACUCCUGUGAAGUCACAUGGGAGGCCCUGCCGCCCAUGAAGGGAGACCCCAUCACCUACACCUUGCAGUCCAUGAUGGGAAACUCUGAGUUCAAGCAGGCCUACAAAGGCUCGGCCACAUCCUUCCACGUGCAGAACAUGCAGCCCAGCAGCGACUACCGUUUCCGGGUGUGUGCGAUCAGGCAGUGCCAGGACGCCCCGGAGCUGAACGGCCCCUACAGCCCCACGGUGACCCUCUCCCCCCAGCGGAACGAAGUGGCGGUGGGCGGCGGCGCCACCGGCUCGGGAUCCAGAGCCGGCGCCGAGUCCGGCCGAGCCCGACGGAGCCUGACGGACGAGCAGUGCGCUUUCCUCCUCCUCAUGGUUUUCGCCGUCAUCGCCAUCCUCAUCGCUUUUGUCAUCCAGUACUUUGUCAUUAAAUGAGCGGUCUUGCGUCACCCAGCUGCAGGGUUAUAGCUUUAUUCCCCCGGUCUCUAUUGUUUUGUAUCCUUCAUUUUAUACGUAUUUGUUUUCCGUCGUCGACAGAGUAAUCGCAUUACUCACUGUGUGGUGUGUGUGUGGGGGGGGAGAGGAAGGGCCGGUGAGUGACAGCUGAUCACCGGAUAUGAAUCAAGGAUGUAACACCUUAUUUGGCACCUGCGAUGUCGUCCUGACACUCCUGCCUUCGUCAGCCCCGCCCCCCCCCCGACUUUGUGUGAUACCUGUCGUUCAGUUCAGAUUUUCUGUUGAAUUACGAUAAGCUUCCUGUGCGUAAGGAACUCCGAGAAGAGCAGGGAAACGGUUUAUUUUAGGGGAGAGGGUCACGGGGGGGAAGGGGGCGCUUCGACUCAUGUACUCGUUGAUUACAGUAUAUAUAGUCAUUAUUUAUAUUUCCAUUUAUGUGUCCAGUAUGAAACUGUUUUUUGAUAGGUGUGUUCCUAAGAUAGUACGUAGGUGUGUCAUUAGCCUAUCUGCUAUUUGAUCCUGGGACCUGGUGGGCCAGUGUUUGCACAGUGAAGGUGUGUGUGUGUCCAGAUGUGUGUAUUGUUUGUAGUUCGUGCCACCGAGGUACACGGCUGGGAAGCUCCAGGGCCAGAUGAAGGGUCUCGAGCCCCCCCCCCGCUGGAGUCUAAGGGGAUCUAGUGAGAAGAACCGCAAACGAAAAAAAAAAAAUCUCGCUCACGUUCAUUUAGCACUUUCCAUCCUUUUAGAUGUUCAGAAUGUUUAAGGAUGCAAAAAUGACUGGAGAAAUGUUAGUAUAUUUUUGUACAGUGAAGACGCAAAAAGGACCUGUAAGUUUGAGGAAAAACAAAUGCUCGGUAUAAAGUUUAGAAAAACCAACAAAAACCAAACUAACAGUGAAUUCUAAUUAUUUUUACUAUCAUAUAGUUAUACUGUAGCUUGUUUUUACAAUCAUGCAGCUGCUUUACUCCAAAAUAUUGUUGUUCAGCACAAAAAAUGUAUGCUCAACUGUAUGUUUUCUUUUAUUUCGUUCUUUUGUUGUUUCCCCCCCCCAGUAAUUGAUUUUGCACCUUAGUGGAAGAAAAACCCGGACCGACAGCGUCUUGGUCUUGUGAUGCAUUUUAUAGAACACACUUUGAGAUUGUGCGAGCCCUACUUGUGUUUUGGGUGUUUUAAAAGUUGUACUACCACAUUAUUAUGUCACUGAAACAGCUGAUCUGUCUCAGCCAAAAAAAAAAAAACAUCAAUUAAAUUUAAAACUAAAAAAAAUUAUUAAUUGAAAUGAGUAUGAACCAGUUGUUUCAGAGGCCUUAAUUGGAGAGGAAAAAAAAUCUCGGGAGACUUUUUUCUUAAUUUCUCUUAAGUUUUCAAUGUUUUUCUUUUAGUGUUAGAAAACACUAAGCUGUGUUUUAUUUCCUUUUUAUUUUUUUGCAUCAUUUAUUUGAUGUUAGUAAACCUACGUAAUUGUGCGAGAUAUUGAAAGUAGUAUAAAUGUAUUACCUAUGAUUUGAUUUUUUUUUUUUUUUGUCAGGUCAUACAUUUGUGAAGUAUAUUUUUUUAUAAUAUUGAAGUAAUAUAAGUUAAUACUCUCCAGAGAAAAUAAUAAAUCCUGAGUACUCAUGAAUCAUGGAACGCAAAUGGCAGAUACAAAAUAUCAUGUACUUCCUGUGAAUCAAAAAUUUGCCUUUCUUUCUCUGUGUGUUGAAGUAUUCGUAACAGAUUGCUAACGCAGAGUUCUCACUGGUAAUCUGGCUGUUAGGGGUCUAGUGUCGUUUGGUCUCGGUGGCAGAUUCCUGCCGCUGAGCACCGUUUAAAAAAAAAAAGAAAAAUGAAAUACAGGUACCUUGCAAAACGUCUUGGAUAAUUACAUGAUUUGGUCUUUGAGACAUUCUGCAAAUGUCUUCUCUUUGUCAUUUAAAGAAGUCAAAUUCCUAUUUUUGAUAGAGAUUGCAACGUGUGCCAUUUUAACACCUCUUCACCCGGGGGCUCACCACCUCUGGCUGGGUGGGGGGGAGGAAGUCAACAAAAUGCUACAAAAAUGAGUAAAAUAUGCACAAAAAUAGACCAUUUUUAUGUAAUUUUAAUGUUUGCAGUUACCUCAUACACCGUACAUUCCAAAAUGAGAAAUUUGUUAUACUAUACAUACUACCAGACAUAUCACUUUAAAAUGUUCGUUAUGGGAAAAAUGUAUAAUCAUAGGUAUGUAUCUAAAGUGUAUCUGUAUAGCCAUGAUAUCUACAAAGGAUCCAUGCACAAUAAAAGAUUUAUAAUUCUUAA